UCACAUGUAAAAAACUAUUAUGAUAGAUAUUACAUGGACGAUGAUGAUGAUUGUCUUACUACACAAGAACAUAUUGAUCGCGCUUUAGUUGUAUCUGUACAUGAGAGGUCAAUAAUUAACAUCAUCAAAGGGUUUGGAAUACCAGCUGCUUUACCAUGGCAUCUUCUAGAUGAGGUCUACAUCCCAAUUAACUGUGGUCAAGAAUUCCAUUGGGUAUUGGCUGUUGUUGAUUUGAAAAACAGGUUGAUAAGGGUUUUUGACUCAUCAAUUAGCACAAGGAAAAAAACAAUUCCUCCUGAGAUCAAGAUGUUGUCUAAAAUGCUUCCUUUAUACCUACUUGACAAUGGAUUUUUUGAAGAAAAUGAACGCACAAAAUUUGCUGAUUGUCAUGCAUAUAAAGACAACAUUAGUGGUUCACUUCUGGAGCCUCAAGUUCCUUUCAUGAUUGAAUUUGCACAAGACAUCCCUACACAGGAAUGCGAUAGCCUAGACUGUGGGUUAUAUGUUACUGCAUUUGCCGAGUAUAUCAGUGACCAAAUCAAUAUAUCAUAUGCUGAUUUUAGUCUUGAUUACCUGCGCCAAAGAUAUGGAGCAUUGCUGUGGAGUUGUGGAAGUGAGAAGGCUAAGUGCGGAUAUGUUAGUGACAAUGAUGAUCCACCAAAAUCCAGGGGCGUAGUCACACCACCACCAGAAGAAGAUUUAGUUCACAUAGUGUAGCAUUUCAUGAUAAAACAAUGUUUUAAUGUUAUAUUUAUUGUUUUUAUAUGUUAUUGAACAACUAUUUUUAUCCUUUUUCAUGUUAUUUUUUUGGUUUUGUCAAUUUCCAUGAAU